AUGGCCCUCACAUCCUGGGAACAAACCGCAGCGGCCAAACGCCAAUCCGUCCUCAACGCCAUCCCCGAGAAAUGGCGCAUCAAGGGUCCUAUCCCCGCACCGUCGGAGCAGCGCGACGUAACAGGCCCCUACAUCCAGCAGUUCCUAUCCCCACGCGAGGUUGAAAUCACCGAAACAGACGCCGUAGGGAUCACAGAGCGAACUACAACGGGCCAGUGGACAGCUGUGGAGGUGACCGAGGCGUUCUGCCAUCGCGCAGCAUUGGCGCAUCAACUCGUAAACUGCUUGCAUGAAAUCUUCUUCGAUGCCGCGCUUGAAACCGCCCGCAUUCUAGACGACCACUACACCAAGACCGGCAAGCCACUCGGUCCCCUUCACGGCCUCCCUGUCAGUCUGAAGGAUCAAUUCCACGUCAAGGGCGUAGAAACAACCAUGGGUUACGUCGGCUGGAUAAACACCUUCCAAGGCAAGACCAAUGACCCGCGCUAUCUUACACACGAAAGCGAACUCGUUAAAGAACUCCGCGCCGCGGGAGCCGUCCUCUACUGCAAGACUAGCGUCCCCAUGACGUUGAUGUCAGGUGAAACCAUGAACAAUAUCAUAACUUACACACAUAACCCGAAGAACAGGCUUCUCAGUUCUGGAGGUAGUUCCGGGGGCGAAGGAGCACUGAUCGCGUUGCGGGGAUCACCAGCCGGGUUUGGUACGGAUAUCGGGGGUAGUAUCCGUGUUCCUGCGUCGUUCAAUGGACUGUAUGGGAUACGGCCGUCUGUGGGGAGAAUGCCGUACGAGGGGGCGGCCAAUUCGGGCGAUGGACAGAAUACUGUGUUGUCGGUUGUGGGGCCGUUGUCUCCUUCGGCGAGAGGGUUGAUAUUGCUGUUCAAGACGGUGUUGGGGGCAAUGCCGUGGUUGGGAGAUCCUGGUGUGUUGGAGAUUCCCUGGAGGGAGGAAAUCGUAGAGGAGACGAGAAAAUUAGUGCAGGGAAAGCCAGAGGGGCUAGCUUUUGGAAUAUUCUACGAUGAUGGUCAGGUAAAGCCGCAGCCACCGGUCGAGAGAGCGAUGCGGAUUGCUGCAGAGACGAUCAAGCGUCUAGGACAUAAGCUCAUCAAUUGGGAACCCCCCUCUCACCUAACAGCCGCCUCCCUCGCAAACCGCGCCUACAACAUGGACGGCGGCGCCGACGUACUCCAAAACUUCGCCCUGUCCAACGAAGCCAUCCACACCUCCGUAGUAAUCGACGCAUCAGGAUCCCCCCAAAAGACCGCACUAGAGAUCGCCGCGCUAAACGUCGAGAAGCGCGAAUACCAGAAACAAUACCUUGACUACUGGAACAGCACGGCGCAAUUGACAGGGACUGGACGACCCGUCGACGCGGUCAUUUGUCCAGUGGCGCCGCAUGCGGCGUGCAUUCCGGGGAAGUAUGCGACGAUCGGGUAUACGGCGUUUAUUAAUGUGUUGGAUUAUACGAGUGCGGUUGUGCCGGUUACGAGUGCUGAUAGGAGGGUGGAUGUUGUAGGGAAGGAAGGAAGGGAGUAUUUUGGGGAGUUGGAUAGGAAGACCGAGGGGGAGUACGAUGCGGAUGUGUUUGAUGGGGCGCCGGCUGGGAUUCAGCUCUUUGGAAGACGGCUUCAGGAGGAGAAGAUUCUGGUACUGGCUGAGUAUCUUGGUGAGGAAUUCAAGAAGGCUAGUGCUUGA